AUGACUACAGCAGACGAGUACAAGGCAGAAGGAAACAAAUAUUUUGCAGCUAAGGAAUUUGAAAAGGCAAUCGAUUCAUUCACCAAGGCCAUUGAAGCUUCUCCCGAGCCAAACCAUGUUCUUUACUCAAAUCGUUCCGGUUCUUAUGCCUCAUUAAAGGAAUUUGGCAAAGCCCUUGAAGAUGCGGACGAAUGUGUCAAGAUCAAUCCAUCUUGGGCUAAAGGUUAUAAUCGUGUUGGAGGUGCCCAAUUUGGAUUGGGUAAUUUUGAGGAUGCCAAAAAGGCAUAUGAGAAAUGUCUCUCAAUAGAUCCGCAAAAUGCUCAGGCUAAAGAAGGUUUGAAAUCAAUUGAGAAUGCCAUUAAAGCAAGAAACUCAUCCGAUGAUAUGGGAUUGGGUAAAUUAUUCCGUGAUCCAAACUUGAUUAAUAAAUUGAAGAGCAAUCCAAAGACCAGUAAGUUGAUGGAGGAUCCGGCAUUAGUGGCCAAGCUUUUGGAGAUUCAAGCUAACCCACAAGUAAAUGCUAUGCAAUUGAUGUCCGACCAGAGAUUGAUGACUAUCAUUGCCUCAUUGAUGGGUAUUGACAUGGAUUUCACUGAACCACCAUCCAACAAGGAUGAAGAAUCAAAAAGUACUUCAAAAACCGAAGAACAAACUAAAGCAGAAGAGCAAAAGCAAAACGUGGAAGAAACACCAAAAACUACCUCUGCAUCUGCAUCUACAUCUGCAUCUGCACAAGAGACCAAAAAAGAGGAACCUAGUGAAGACAAGGAUGUUGAAAUGGAAGAUGCAUCGUCAUCUAGCAAAGCUGAGGCUGAUCAAGCAAAAGCUGAAGGAAACACUCUUUACAAGCAACGCAAAUUCGAUGAAGCAAUUGCUUGUUAUGACAAAGCCUGGGACUUGCACAAGGACAUCACAUACCUUAACAAUAAAGCUGCUGCAGAAUAUGAAAAGGGAGACUACGAUGCAGCCAUCAAGACAUGUAACCAAGCCGUGGAUGAAGGUCGUGACAUGCGUGCAGACUAUAAACUUAUUGCCAAAUCUUUUGCUCGUUUAGGUAACACUUAUUUGAAGAAAGAUGACUUGCCACAAGCCGUCAAAUAUUUCGAUAAGUCCCUUACUGAGCAUCGUACCCCUGAUGUUUUGAACAAAUUGCGUUCAACUCAACGUGAGAUCAAGAUUAGAGAAGCAGCAGCAUACAUAAACCCUGAAAAAGCUGAGGAAGCUCGUCUUGAAGGUAAACAGCAUUUUACCAAUGCCGACUGGCCUGCUGCUGUGAAAGCAUAUUCAGAAAUGAUUAAAAGAGCACCUGAGGAUGCCAGGGGUUACUCCAACCGUGCUGCGGCUCUUAUCAAGCUUCUCUCGUUUCCAGAUGCGAUCAAAGACUGUGAUCUUGCUAUUGAAAAAGAUCCAAACUUUAUUCGUGCGUACAUCAGAAAAGCCAACGCUCAAUUAAUGAUGAAAGAAUAUACACAUUGCAUGGAAACUUUAAGCGAAGCCCGCCAAAAGGACUUGGAACACAAUAACGGUGCCAACCAACACGAAAUCGACCAAUUGUUCAACAAAGUCACAUAUCAAAGAUUCCAAAAUAUUGAAGGUGAAACCCCAGAACAAACUAUGGAGAGAGUCAGUAAAGACCCAGAAAUUGUUUCCAUCUUGCAGGAUCCAGUUAUGCAAAAUAUCUUGGCCCAAGCUAGAGAUAAUCCUGCUGCAUUGCAGGAUCAUAUGAAAAACCCUGAUGUUGCAAAGAAGGUUAACUUGUUGAUUGCAGCUGGUGUUAUUCGUACUAGAUAA